AUGGAGAACUCAGAAGUGGAGCUGGACCUCCAGAGAAGUGUGCAGGCUGUACUCCGGGACCUCAAAGCCCAGACCUCAGCACUGCAGAGUAACCAAGGCAUGUGGAGAUGGUCCCUGCACAAGAAAGUUGAGCGAGAUCCUGGUAAGAGUCCGGCGCUGGUCCGCAUUUUGCUCAGAGAACUGGAGAAGGCAGAAAGCGAGGACCUCCGGCAUGUCAUCAUUCCGUUGCUGCACACUCUAAUGUAUGUGCUCACUAAGGCCACGGGCAUCACGGAGGAACUCUACCGGAGAACCUAUACCUUCUGCAUGAGGCUACUGACCCUGCCCACUCCCUACUGCACAGUUGCCUUGGAAUGUGCUAUCAGGCUGAAAACAGAGACCGUUGUCCCAGGGACGCUGUACCAGAGGAUGGUCAUUGCUGAACAGAGCUUGAGGAAUGAGCUGUAUCCCUACCAGGAGAGAGUGCUCCUCUUCGUGGACCCUGAGCUGGUGUCUGCCUCUGUGUGCAGCGCCUUGCUGCUUGAGAUCGAGGCAGCCCAGGUGCAGCGGACUCCGGAGGCCUGCAUGCGCCAUGUGGUCUCCCACGCCCUGCAGGCGGCUCUGGGGGAGGCCUGCCACGCAGGCGCUCUGCACAGGAAGCUGCAGGCCAGCUCCCGCCGCACCCUGGAGCACUAUUUCCACGCCGUGGUGGCAGCCGUGGAACAGAUGGCCAAUGAGGCCAGCCCGAGCCGGGUGGGACACCUGGAGAGACUGGAGGAGAUUUACUGCUCGCUGCUGGGGCCGGCGGCGGCCACGAGGGGGCGAUAUGGCAGUGACCCUGUCCAAGACCCGCCACCAAGCAUCCCCCUGCCCAGCCCUUACAUCACCUUCCACCUGUGGACGGGCGAGGAGCAACUCUGGAAGGAACUGGUGCUCUUCCUCCGCCCGCGAUCCCAGCUGUGCCUCAGUGCUGAUUUGGAGGGCUUGGAUCUGCAGGGCCUCCAGCCAGACCAGGAGUUGGUCCGGGUGUCCGUGCUGUCCACCGACAGUGGCAUUGAGCGGGAUUUUCUAUCGGGUGCCGAUGAGCCACCCGCACCCAGCAGCCCUGAGCUGGAGCGUGCCGGACUGCAGCGCAAAGGGGGCAUCAAGAAGCGUGCGUGGCCUCCGGACUUCUUGAUGCCUGGCAGCUGGGAUGGGCCCCCGGGGCUGCACCGGAGGACGGGCAGGCCCAGUGGGGAUGGAGAACUGCUGCCCGGCGUCUCCCGGCUGCACACAGCCCGGGUGCUGGUGCUGGGGGACGACAGGAUGCUGGGGCGCCUGGCCCGGGCCUACCACAGACUCAGGAAACGGGAGACCCAGAAGUUUUGCCUCACUCCCAGACUCAGCCUACAGCUCUACUACAUACCUGUGCUGGCUCCUGAGGAGCCUUUCGCAUCCAGGCAGCCUGAACUUGGAGAGUUGGCCGCGUUCCUGGGCCGUGCAGACCCAUGGUACGAGAGCACUGUCAACACCCUGUGGCCCGCCAUCCACAAACUGGCUGAGAGGCCCCCCUCUCUGGACGCAUCCCGGACUGUGGACCCCUUCAUCCUGGAUGUUAUCACCUACUAUGUCCGAAUGGGUACCCAACCCAUCUAUUUCCAGAUCUACACAGUCAAGAUCUUCUUCAGUGACCUGAGUCAAGACCCUACAGAGGACAUUUUCCUCACUGAGCUGAAGGUGAAGAUUCAAGACUCCAAAUUCCCCAAAGAUGGUUUUUCACCCAGGAGGAAAGGUAUGGCCGAGGGCCCAGGGGCAGAGCUCUCCUUGUGCUACCAGAAGGCCCUGCUCAGCCACCGGCCCCGAGAGGUCAGCCUUUCCCUGCGGGCCACCGGGCUGGUCCUAAAGGCCAUUCCAGCCAGUGACACGGAAGUUUCAGGGUCCUCCUACUGUCCCCCAUCUGCUGCUCCUGUUACAGACCACAUGUGUCUGAAUGUUAGUGUGACAGAGGUUGUCAAGUCCUCCAACUUGGCAGGAAGAUCCUUCUCUACGGUGACGAACACCUUCCGGACAGCCAACAUCCAGAUCCAGAGCCAGGACCAGAGGUUGUUGACACUGUCGCUAGACAAGGACAAUCGGCGCACCUUCAGGGAUGUGGUCAGAUUUGAGGUUGCUCCCUGCCCAGAGCCAUGUUCUGGGGCCCAGAAGUCCAAGGCACCGUGUCUCAAUUCACAAGGGCAGAAGCAGAUGGAAAUGACCAAAGCUAAGCCCAAACCCCUUCUGAUGCCCAUCAACACAUUCUCCGGCAUCGUCCAGUGAACCUGCAGGG